AUGAAGGGAAACCCUCCAAGUCCCGAAUCAGACUUCUCUGAACUUGGAAAAACAUGGUUGAAGCGAGGGAAGUCUGCGAAGGACUUCAGAAGCAUUUUUAUGAACCAUCUUUCGGAAAAUGUGUUUAAAUGCUUCGAAAUGCAUUCAGUACCCAAUUCGAAAGCUCUUAUCAACGAACAGAAAUGUCAGAGGAUGAUUUUCUUGCCUCUAGAGUACUAUAUCUGCGGCGAAGAUCCUAUCAUUGGUCUUCAAAAACUGCAAAGUGCCAACUCACCAUCUCAGUUAUGUGGAAAGGUCUUUAAAAAUGGAGAACCAACUUAUUCCUGCAGGUUAGUGACUUCAAUUCGUAUUAGUCGAAGGUUAGGUUAAUAACUGGACUAUCGUAGAAAAUGCCAAAACGACUCACAGGUUUGUUAAGCUUAAUUACGAAAGGAAAGUAAGCUUGAACUUUUAGGCUAAAUUAGGUUGUAUAAGCUAAAUUUUACUUUUGUUACGUCAUUAGAAUUGAAAUAUAAAGUCAGUAUGACUUCCAAGAUGAGAGAUAGUUACGAUUUAUGUUGUAUAUGCUGCGGUUGUUUUUUUUUUUUUGUCAACUAAUUAGUACCUUUAGAUGAAAAUAAUUAACAAUUAUUGGACGAGGUUGAGCAAAAUAUCAUGAUUUGUCUGUGCAAGCAGAUCAAUUAUUGAAUAAUUGAUCUGCGAGACACUGACAAAUCACAAUAUUUUGCAGUAACGGAGUUCAAUAAUUGUUUUAUCAUUCGAUCACCGAGUUUGUUGUUUAAUGAAUAUCCUCGGUAAGCAAAGCGAUCUGCCAUUUUCACGCAAGAGCGAUCACAAGAAGGAGAAAAGCACGAUUUCCGUUACGCAUGUGCAGAAUAUUAUUUGCAGCCAAACACGUAAAGCCAAACACAGCUAGACAGCAUUGCGCAUGAGCAGACCAUUAUUUGUAGGCAGUUAUUUACAGGUCACGUGGUGGGCUCUCGGCCAAUGAAAAGAAAGAAAAAUUUGCUUUGAAUGAUAAUAAACAAUCUUACAUAAUAUACAUUGUACAAUACAACAACAAUAGACAGCCAAAUACACUAAUAACAGUGCAUAGGGAAGUAAAAAGAAACCAAAAAAAAUAUACAUGUUCUUUAUCUCUCUUCCUUCAUUUUAGUUACUGGCCUAUCUCAAAAGAAUGCCGCGGCGCUUAUUUAAUUUUCAACAUUCUAAUGUGAAGUUGACAUCUGUACAUGAUAUGGGAGCCAUACAUGUAGUAAUAGAGACUUUAAGAUACACUGUUUCUGUGUAUGGGUAUGGGUAAAUUACCUGUACGUGUAUCCGUUAAAAAAAAAAAAAAAGAAAAAACAGCUAUGCUACCGGGUAGAACGGUAAUGCCAUUACCUCAUCUAGGAAAUAGUGGCUGUCUAUUAUGUGCAUAGAAAGUAGUGUCCUAUAGCCUGGGGCUAGUGGAUUUUGCUAUCGGGCUAGUGAAUUCUGUUCUUAUCUUGCCUGACGGGCAAGUGAUGUUUUUUGAGGAAUUCAACUGACAGAAGAACUGUAAAAUCAAUUCUGCUCAUCAAAAAGUUUUUGGGGCUACUUGAAAUGAUGUUUUGGCUAGUACAUGCUAGCUUCAGCUUGCCCGAAUGGCAAGCUGUGAAAAUGACUUUCUUUGUCCCGUGGCAAACAUGGUUACCUACCCCUACACGUAGGUAGAAAAUGUGCAUAAAGGAGAAUCUGUAUUUCUCGAACCCUCAGUUUCCUGAAACUUCUGAUAAUUCAAGCCAUAACUGACUUCCCUUCACUUAAUUACCCCUGAUUUUUUGAACCUGUCAAUGAUCUGAACCAAUUUCCUUUUUCCCAGAAAGUUUAAGAAAUCAAGAUUCCACUGUAUAUUUAUCACGGCAGCUCAUUAACAAACAUGAUCCUUUAUGCUCCAGCUUUGACCAAUUAAUUUUUGUUUUGUUUUGUUUUGAAUUUUUUUUUUUGCAGGGAGUGUGGUUAUGACAAUACCUGUGUUCUUUGUAUUGACUGCUUCCAAAAAAGCAUUCAUAAAAAUCAUCAUUACAAGGUACAAUUUUACUUUUAAAGUGACAAUCUUACUUCAGCGUUGCUACUGGUAACAAUUUUACUUUUAAGUAACAUCUGUGUCCACCCGUGCGUUCAGAUCUAUAGAUUUUAUUUAUAUAUAAAAAUCUACAUUUUGAACCCUCUGAAUAUUGUAAUUUGCCUGAAGUUUAGCUAAUUUUACCCACUUGUAUUUAUCUAAGGUUUUGGUUGUUUCUUAUCUUGAAUACCUUUGUUUUGGACUGCCGGUAAUACUGUAAAUUUCCACAAGACAUUAGCAUGUUAGUACCUAGGAUAAGCGACCCCACAAGCUUUUCAUCUUUGAAAACUAUCGUUUUAAAAUAAAGACUUUGAUUGAUUGAUUGACAUCUGACUUUAUACACUAUCAAUAAUGAAUUAAAACUAAUGUUUAGAUUAUCCGGAUAUUGUAAACGGCUUGAACCAAAGAGUCAUGGUAUAAUUAGUUGAAAUAAAAGGAUUGUCCGAGUGUGUAAGUUAUUAUCAGAAUCACCAGCAGCAGCAGUCUUACUGAGGGUUACACUCGCCACAUAUACAUGUGGUUAAUGACAUGUGUGAUUAAUAGUCAAGGUUGUGCUCUAAGAAAAACUGAAGAGGUUUCUGUAGUAUUCUUUAAUUGUUCAUUUUGCAGAUGAAUACAUCUCAGGGGGGUGGAGUAUGCGAUUGUGGUGAUGUAGAGGCUUGGAAAGAUGGCCAUGCUUGUGAAGUCCAUCAGCAAGGACAAGAUGAGGACAUGGAUGAGGUACAGCAUAUGUGUAAUUCAUUUACAAUAAUACAGGAUCUCUCCUAGAAUGCUGGACACCUUUCUUCUCCAUCUCUUUGCUUUUCCAAGUUGUUCACCGUUUUUGAGGAUUUAUCACUAUAUGUAAACAGCCAUGUCAGUUGGUAUACAUGGUGUAUAGCACACUAGAGUCUUUCGAAGUUCAAAAGUGUAAAAAUGCCUAAUAUCAUUUUCACGCAAAAUUUCAGCAUUAAUUAAUUUCACAUGUGAAUUUACAAAAUUGCCUUGGCAACCUUCUGUACGUCUCAGUGCCAAGCGGAUGGUGACGAAGUUUUAAAAUGUCAUGAAUGAAGAUGUCACGGUAUUAAAAGACGCUUUAGAAAACCUAAACACAUUAAAGAGCACAUCAAGAAGGAUUCUAACAGGUAUUUUGUGGAAAAAUUCUGAAAAUUCUGAAUUUAAGCCAACUUUAAGCUCUGAAUGUUUGAGAGAGUGGAGUUCUCGAUUGAUAGGAUCCAGGAUAAAAACGUCAAAAAUCCUUGAUUGCUAGCGUAAUUUGUUACCCAUGAUAUGAAUAGGUAAUCAAUUGGUAUACUCGUGAAAUUAGGGAAUUUGUAAUAAUUUAUUAUUUCACUCAUCACCAUUUGAUUACACAUACAAAUUAGCCAUUGAUUAGAGUGAAGUCUCAGAGUUAAGGUAACAGUUUUGUGGUGCCUUGUUUCACUCAUAUUCAGGACCCAGUGAGUAAAUUACCUGGAGAUUUGCUGGUUCGAGGAAGUGCUGUCUGUGAUGUUGUUUUAAAGUACUGCAUUGAUCUCAUCUGCUGGGAAAAAACAGAUGAACUUCCAGGCUACCUGAAUGUCUCGUAAGUACUCUCUAAUUAUUGUUAUUGACUCCUGGCAGUUUUGGUAGAUAACAUUUUAUGGCUGACUAGUUUCAAAUUGAAUAAUAUUUUUUGAGCCCUGUGUUAUUGUACGGUGUAUCUACUGGACGUCAAAUAAAACAAAUAUACAUUAAUAUAUUAUUCUCACGAAAUCAUGUCAAACUUCAUCCAGCCUUGCCAUUGUUUGCUGUGCCCACUUUUGCCAAGAGUCCUGGCAAACUGUUAUUUUACAGUGCACUGUAGAAUUUUAUGUAAUACAAAGCUUAUGUCCAACUAACACAGAACAAAACUGUGGUCAUACUCAAUCAAGGAAGCAUUAUGAGGCUUCAAUGAAAAUUGUGCAUGUUAGGCACGAGAAUUGUGGCUAUCUUUAAAAGUGGCAUGUUGUUGAUUUUUCAUUGAUCUUUUUCUUUUAGUUGUAAUGAAGACAUUUUUGCUACAAUGUUGUUCAAUGAUGAAGUACAUACUUAUGAGGAGGUAUGUUAAAAGUUAAAAGAGUUCCAGUGGGAAAUCUGUCAGGAAUAGUUUUGCAGCAGUUGAUUAUGAAUACCAGUUGGUGUGAGAGAUUGCAACUUACAUUGCAUUGCCCAAAAAUGGUGUUUUGUUGACUUUGCAAAAUUCAUGCCCUUCUUAUGCUUCUAAAGUUGUAAGGACUUCAAGAUUGAGUGCAAUGCUUGCAACAACAUUCAUCAAGGAAGUGGGGAAUCUCUUUUGUUUGUAAGAAUUACCUCCAGGGGCUCAUUGAAGUUAGGAAAAGGGUUUAAAGACAAGUUUCUUCAACCAGCCCUUUGCAUAUUUAUUUCUUCCACUAGUUUUUUUUUUUUGACUAUAAAGAGUUAAAGUUUCAGUUAAGGCAAACGGCAAACGUCAGAUUGUAGUUAAGAAUUUCUCAAAAUAGAAAAAAAAAUGAGCAGAUAAAAACAGCUCAAAACAAUUCUUAUGGAUGAAAAAUUACUUGAAACUAAUUGUUUAGGUGUAGAAAUAAUGAACAGUAAACGACAAGUAAAGAGGAAACUUGGUCACGUGGUACAACUUCGCGUUUGCUGUUUGACAUAAACGUGAUGCUUAACCUCCCCUUUACAAUGUACAGAUAUGAUUGUAUGAAUAUUAUUGUUUAAUUUGAAAUGGUUUGAAAUUUGUCAUGUCAUUUUUAGUAAUAGUUUUUCCUUUUCAUCCUGGUCAGGUUAUAAGAACAUUACAGCAAGCUAUCCCAGAGUGCUCACCAAAUCAGGCUUUAGCUUAUGCCAACACGGUUGACAGGGAGGUGAGGGAAAAAUAUUACGGUAAAAUAAUGGAGCGUGAACUAACUGCGUAUCAAGAAAUUAAAUACCAGGCCAUUCAUUCUUUGUAUACAUUUUUUGCCACAUUAAAUACUGAAUACUGAAAGGGCAUACAUGUAGCGGUACAUGAAUGAGACACCCAGCAUUUUUGCUGCUACACCUUUAUUUCCUUAGAUAUUUUGUUGCAAAGAGCUGGGUAUUGUUCAAUUGGCUUAUUAAAGUUAAGAUCAGCUCUUUCAACUUUUGAAUUUAAAGGCAACACCUUCUGUUGUGCCCCAGCUGAGAAAAGGGCUGACAUUUUGCUAAGUCGCCAGUGGUUUCCCGUCUAAGGACCGACUGGAGAAAUUCCGCACUGAUGAUGUGUGACUACCCUUAUCUGAGUAGUGCUUCUGAUUGGUCACUGCUGUGAGGGAAAUUUGCCUCAACCAAUCUGAAGCACUGCCAAAUUCUGGGCAGUAACAUCUGUGGUUGUUCCUCAGGUGUCAUCUCAUGGGGAAACCAACUGGUGGUGUGAUGCAUAACUUUGGCUGUUUUCUCAGGCUAGGCUAUUUCUGUGGGUUAACAAUGCUAGUGAGCAAAAAUUCAAACGUAAUUGAUGAGGUCUGCCAAGAUUCAUCUAUUGCCAGUUACAUAAUCAUCCUCAUUUUAAGUAAUCUUCCAUGCCAUGUUAGUAAGUAAUGUUUUUCACAAUACAGGGAAGAUCAAUUGUGAGGACAGGGAGUUAUAGCGAAUGUGAGCAGUCCAGAAAAAUAAUCAAGGUGAGUGGUGUUACAUCUGAUCCUAUACAUAAUAUAGCAACCUUUUAAACCAUUCACUCCUGCGAGAUUUUGCCGAAAAACGCGUUUUGAAGCUAGUCGAGUGGUUUUCUGGUCACUGUCGUGCUAUAAAGAGCUAAAACUUACCACAAACCGGUUUACAGGUCGUACACUUGGCGGCCUUCUGAUCCAGAUGCAAAAUAUCAGCUUGUGAAGUUCGGGCAUGCGCAGAAAGCAAAAUUUAGACAUUUUUGGGUUUAAAAGUGAAACAGCAGUCCUGACUUUUACUUUUCGCUUUCUCUCCUCCCUUCUUUUUUCGCUUUUCUUGCCUCAUUUUUUUUUUCUCUUGCUGGGCAUUAAGUAGGCUUCAUUUUGGUGGGAAGAGUUUUUAGGAAAGCUUUUAGGAUCUUAGGAUUAGGUGAAAGGAAAGGUAGGUGGGUAAUGGAACAAGAUUUUCAUGGAGAUUUUCAGGUCCUUGUCACAUGGUUUUUUGCUUCUUUCUCUGGUGUCCUUGACUGAAUUGUGCUCAUUCUGGUAUGGUUUGAAAGAUCUCUUCACUCUGCACAAGUUAGCGAAGAAAGUUGUCCUUGACCGUUAAAACUGAUGACGUCACAAAGGGUAGAAAGGACCUGGAUCCGCAUGGGCGGUUACGGACGGUUCAGGGGCGAAUGGGUUAAACUAUUAAUUUUUUUUGGUGGCCAUUGUGUGAAGGGGGCUCUUUCGUAGAGGCAGGUGUGUAUUACAAGUCAAAACUAAAUGCAAGUUAAAAAUUUUUUUGAUUCAAUAUUUUCUUUGUCUCUUAUUCCUGAUUAUUCAUGAAUUAAGGCAAUGAGGCAAAGAAAAUUGAGAAUCAACCUACAUUCGGCAACAAAAUUAGUUGAGACACUUCUCUAUAAAGGGGCUUUCUGAUGUUUUACAGACUUCAAAAGGGGAAAAUUAAUCUUUUCUUCCCUCAUCCCCUCCAUGCAAUGUUGUGCCGCUGUUCGAGCUACCUAUAGAAAACAACAAACACCCCAACUUUGAAUGGAGGGGAGGGGGAGGGGUGUGGAUUCUUUUGUUCUCUGAAGUUACCCUAUUUGAGCACAAUGUCUCAACAAUUUUGUCACCAAUUGUAGGUGUAAGGAAAUUUAACCUGCAUUUAAUUUUGACCUGUAACAUGUACAUUGGCAGAUGUAUAUGGUCCUCUGCGUGUAGUGCAACUUCUGUACAUGUAAACUGAUUAAAGUAAUAAGUCUUCAAUAUUUGCUGUACGUGCUUUUAAGUGUUGAUUGUGCUAUCACCAUUUUUGAUCACCUUGGUAUUUCUGUUGCUGGUUUGCAUGUGACGUUACAGGCAUUUUGCUGAUCAAAAUUAAAGGCAUAAUUUCUCUCCUCAGGGAACUAAACUGUAUAUUUUCAUGCAAAUUCUGUGAAAAAAAAUGUAUUGUAUUCUUGACCACCAACUAAGGCACCUUUUCACAUUGGUGCAAACAAAGAACAGUAAUAGUGUUAUGUCUACACCAUGUACUUGUACAAAACUUAAAAAGGACUGUCAAAAAACAAACAAAUUGCAUAUUAAUUUUAGCAAAGAAAGAGUUACCGUUUAGCCAAGACCCUAAACUUUUCACUCUUAAACUUAAUACGAUCGUCUUCAAACAUAAACACAAAACAUUCAGCUAUAAGCCGAGACCCAGUUCUUAAAACAUAUAAGAGCUCAUGAAAAAUUUUAAUCGCAUUUAGCUUUUAAAAUCUGUUAAAAUGAAAUGAAAGAACGGGUUAAUUAUCCAACGGCACGGGCAAUUCGCUUGAAAAGCAAGGUGUCAUGAAUAUUUAACGAAAGCUAGGCUUACCUCUCGGGAAACAACUGUAUCAAUAUUGUUACCUACUCAAUACAAUUGCUAAGAAUAACAACAAAUCACAGUUAAGCUGAAUUUAAUGUGAUCCGAUCAAAAUUUGAUCGGAUCACAUUAAUGAAUAAAAUUGAAUUCACGGCUUGAUCAUAUGAACAUUCCGAGUUCAGAGACCUGUCUUUAACAAUCCUGUGUCGAUAGUCGUUCAUUGUCAAUCCGUUAUCAUGCCAAAAGCCCGUCGUACAUCAUACAAUCUAGCGUUCAACUUAAAAUAGUCGCCGAAGCAGAAGCCGUCGAGAACAACUCUGAGAUCACGAGGGAAUACAGCAUCCCGUAUCAUACGGAAUACGAAGAAGAUGAGACAGAUGAAGAAUUUGAUACGGAAAGCGAAGAUGAGCCAUAAGCUGACAUCCUCGAACGUGCAGUUCACAACAGAAAACAAACGGCUCCUUUAGGAGCCACCACAUAUUAAAAGUUAAUGACCAAUAACUCUUGCUUUUUUGUCCAUGUGUUUUGCUUGGCUUGUAUGCGAAUAUAUGCGUAUUUAUCUUAGUUUUAUUAAGUCCAUAAUUUUUGUUCAGGUUAAACUCUCGGCUAUAAGCCGAAACCCCCUCUACAAGUCAGAUUUUAAUUCAAGUUAGGCUAAACAUGUGUAAAAAUCGCUUGGCUUAAUAUUACGGUACUUACUCCUGUCACAGUGAUAGCUAGGUCAAGUAAACAAGGUUUCAAAUCCCUGGAUAGAAAACAUAUUAGCAUAGACAAUUAGCCAUCACUUGAUAAAGAUUCAGUGAUGGAUUCAAAAGCUUCUGUUUGCUAAUAAGUUUUUUCCUUGGAUUUGACACCUCGUAAAUACUUUAAAUAAAUUGCGUUUUUUAUAUCCUGACAUGACCUUUUUGUAGGUUACUUACAGUCUUGGUACAUUAAUUUUUCUCUUUUGAGACAAUACAAUGUAAAUCAAUCCAGAUUCUCAUAAAUGUCAUUACACUGUUUUUAUAUAUUUUUUGAAUCACAGAGUGGUACAUCGGGACCCAGUCGUAAACCACUGAAGUGCCGUGUAAUGCAUCACAAAGUCAUUGCUCAUCAAAUAUUUGCUGUUCAAAUGCUUGGGUGGUUAAACAAGAUUGCAGUUCAUUCUGGUUUGUAGUUUAGCUUACCUAAAUUGUUUUGAGUUUCAAGGCAUGUGCAAGGUUGAGGAUUUUUGCUUGCAAGUCGGAGAACAAGCAGGGUUUGCAAAUUUUAUUGACGAGUGGAGUCAGUGUGACUUCUGCUUCACAAAUUUUGGAGUCAUUUUGGGAUAUUUGGAGUCAAGUAUCACAACGCAAAAAGCCAUUUUCAGACUUUCCAACACGUGGUCCUGGCAUGUAUAAUACACUAUCGUAAAGGAUACACAAAGUAGCUGUGGCGGUCCGCUGACCUGGAAAGCUCAAAUCCAUGAUGGCAGUCAUCGAGUAAUAAACUUUGAUUGUAAUUUACCCUCUUCCUGUUUUGUCGUGCAGUAUAAUUCUUUAAUUUCAAUGAGAGCAAUACACCCUUGCAUGUGUACGGUUAUCCUUUUGAUUAGCAAACUAUAAAUGUGAAUAAUUUCAGUCUCCUGUCUUCUCCAGAUGGUCUCAGGAGAAUACUCUGCAAUACUGUGCUUGAAUCUAAAGACGAGGACACAGAUCUGCUUGGGAGAGUUCUUUUAGCUGAUUCUACUUUGUGGAAAGGUAAUGUAACUUGUUUUUGUCGUGUAGUCAAGCCCAUCUUUAUGACAUUAUUACUAACAGCUUAACGUAAAAUGUGCGUGAAAAUGUUUAAUUGACUCACUGUUGUCAUCAUCAUCAUCAUCAUCAUCAUCAUUAUCACAUCAUUCAUCAUCAUCAUAUCAUCAUUGUAUUCAGUUAUUUUUGUUAACAUCAUUCUCGUCAUUAGCACUACAAGAUAAUAAUGUGAUCGAUCAUCUUUGUAUUCAUCGUCAUGCAUGUUUGUAUCACUUCCUUGCAUGUAUAAGGGACAGAAGAAUCGAGUGGUACAGUGUAGCAGCAAUCUUUUUGUGCUGAUUUUUGGUUUUUAUUUAACAGUUGCCAGGGCACACACCCACAAAUUGUUCAUGAACACGUAAGUACAGAAUUUUCAAGGUGUCUGUGAUGAUUAUUCAUUUUAAAAUAUAAACCUUGAUCAAAAGUUCACACCAUGGAGUGCCAUUUUAGACUAAUAUGAGGUUUAUUUUUUGUAGAAUGUUUAUGGAUCCUGUGGGAAAGAAAGCCUUUGCAAUUCAUUUUACCAAGGUACAUACAUGUGUACAGUGUAGCAAAAUUUGUACUUUAUAACAUUCUAUAGGUUUUGGCUCCAUUUAUGCAGUUAUAAAAAAUAAUAAUAAAUAAAUAGACAGUUCUUGUGCACUUGGCCGGCAGGAAUUCUCACUUUUGGAUGCAGUGGGCUUUUAACACCUCUGACAAAAUUAAUGGUCACAACAUUAUCUCAGUAUUCUGAGGCCGAGGCUGGUUAAAGGUUUCACUCCUAGGAGCAGCCAAACAAAAAAUUUGCUAAAAAAAUUAAACUUGUUAAUCUAAAAAUGGAUGGUUUUCUCAGUGAUCCUGUUGUAGCUCAGUUUUGUAAUUAUUAAACUGAGAAUAAAGGUGGUGUUUUGAGUUAUAGUUAAGUAUAUCUCGUAACUCAUCAUGAGUAAGUAUUUGUGGAGAUGUUUAAACUUGCAUUGAUGCUAGAAAUGUCUUGAAUUUACAGCAUUAUAAUAACAUUCAAAAGGACUUCGUUGAUGAUGAUCAUGAGCACAUUGUAUCGGUGAGUAAAGGAUUUCAGUGCUUUGUGCACUGAUUAUGACGUAAAUGUGUUAGAGACUGAUAGAGGAUAUUACAUGGCCGCACAGAGAUACGAAAUUUCUCUUCGAGUGUUGAAAAAUAUCUCACGAGUGAGCGCAGCGAACAAGUGAAAUAUUUUUCAACACGAAAAGAGAACUUUCGUAUCUCCAAGCGGCCAUGUAAUAUUUUAUUUAUUAUAUAAACACCAAUGAACUACCAAACCAUUUCACUUUAAUAGUUUUUUGGUGUGAAAGGUGUGCGAUUUAUUAUGUAGCCAUAGCAAGGGUGUUAUUUUCACAUGUGAAGGUACCAAGUUUUCGCGCAAAAGCUCACCUGGUAUAUCAUUGGUGUUUAAAUAAUAAGUAGAAAUCCACCAUUCUCCUCAGCUGAAUAACUCGUACUAUAGUAUGAGUCACUUUUGAAAAAAGCAGCGAUGACCAGCCAUGUUUUCCAUUGACCACAUCCAGUGGUGCCAUUGAAUGCUAACAUACAUGUACAUGUACAAGCUACUGCAAAAGUUAAGGAACUAAUUAAAAAUUUUUGUUUACUCCAUCACAGGUGACCUCUCUGUCAGUUCAGCUUUUCACUGUUCCCACAAUAGUAAGUUACUUUAUUACUGACCCUGUGUUACUCUUAUUACAGUCUUUCGAGUUGACGGAGUAUGGCAAAGUUACACCAGUUACAAAGCAAAGCAUCACUGUCUAGCCUUGUAAAAUUUUAUUGCUUACAAGAUAUUAUGCACUCUUAUUGUCAGACCACUUAGGAGUUGAAUUCAUGACCAGCUAAGACUGUUGCAGUUGUAAAACUUAGAAACUUCGGAAACCACCAGUUCAUAAUUCAAAUUUUAAUAUCCCACCCAGUUUCUCUGUACUCUCUUUGUACUCUUACAGUGUAUCUCACCGUAAAACUGUUCAAGGGUUAGUACAGUCAAGGCUGUCACUUUUAAAGGAAUGGGAGGUAGGGCUUUCCCUUGAGCUUCUAUGAGUAACACCCAUGGGUACUUUAAUAGGAAAAUAGAACCCAAUUUAACACCAUGUUGCAAUUAAAAAAACUGAUUACCAAAACGAAAUUGGCAAAACUGUACAAGGCUUUCAUCCUAAUGCAUUUUCAACAUUGCUCAUCAGUAUGGCAUUUCUGUGGAGCGCGAAAUGCAGAAAAUCUAGAAAAUCUUAUAAAAGGAUUCUUAGAUUUAUUAGGCGACCUUGAAUGUACCUUUAACAUUUUAUUAAGUGAAGUCAAUUGUGUGAAAGGUUCUUUGACUCUGAAGAUGACUACCGCACAGGUUGUCAAAACGUCAGUCACUGUCAACAACAACAGUCCUAUUCAGGACUACGUUCACCUGGACGAUCAAACUCAACCUACUUUUGAAGUCAAUUGUGUUUCUUUAUACAACAGACAUUCAUGUACAUACACAAUAUGCUAAUUUUGCGAGUAUUAAUUUUCACGAUUUUCACCACUAGGAAAAAAUUAUGAAAUUUAUUAUUUGCAAAAUCUAGUACUCGUGAAGAUUAAGAUCAUGAAAUUUAAUACUAGACAUAUUAAUAUCCAUAAAAUAGCGAAAUUCAAGCUGUUGCUUUAGUAGACAUUCCAAUAAGGACCACUAUAUCAUGUCUGACAGAACAUCAUAAGAACGAAUGUAGCUGGUGACUUGAAACAUUAGAAUCAACCCUGGCUGGUGCUGGGUAUUUAAAAUAUUUCUUUAAAUUUCCCCCUCAUUAAUAUUGGCAAAUAAAUUUGCUUCUCCAUGUACGUAACAGAGGUUUGCAGCAUUCAUGAAAAUUAAUGUGCUUUCUUUUUAAUUUAGGCCAGGAUGUUGAUUUUGGAUCAUGAUGUGUUGGAAGUUAUUCUUGGGUCAUUUAUGGACCAUCUUAGGCCUGCUAUAAAUGGUAUGUUUGAAUUCCUCUCUCUGGCCGAAAAUAAGAGAAUCACUUUUGCAUUCACUCUUUCAUUCUCUUUUUUUGUUACUGAGUAAGGAUGUCUGGGAUGGAAAUACAUGUACGAGGGAGGGGGGGGGGGGGGUCCUCAAGAACAAGUGCCCCUAUGGGGCUAUGUAUAAUUUUCUAGGAGAAAAAUUUUCUUCUUCUUCGGACAAGCACUAUAUUAUUAUAUUUGGUGGUUUAAAACCCAAGAGUUCUUGUCCAAGAAGUUUUGCUCAAAACUUGAUUCUCGAAAAACAAUUGGGCGUUUAAUUGUGUUCUUGAUUCACUUAAUUCUUUUCUAGUAUGAAAGGUGUUUCUUUUCUCGGUUGCUUUGAAAGAAAACCUAAGCAUGAAGACUGUAGUUUGUGGAAUUUUUAUGAUUUCACCAUUAUCGACUCCCAAAUUUGAGCCUGGAAGUGAGUUGCAUACGUCUUAACAGAAGUAAUUCUACUGUAAUUUGAUGUCAACUGUUUCAUGUCAAAGGUUUACACAUCUGAACUUAAUUUCUACCUGUCCCGGACAAUCAGACACAUGUUUUGGUGCACUCUAAGUACACAUGAUGUCAGUCUGACUGUUGUUGGUUAAUAUGGUGACCUAUUUCAUUUUAGACCGGGGAACAUUUGAAUUUCAGAAGCAGUCCUUCCAUAAACUGAAGAGAGCCUAUUACAUGAUGAUAGAUCUCAAGUAAGUGCAGUAGCCAUGAUGCAAUUGCGUUCGACACAAGACAACACAAUUCUAAUAUGAUAGCUUUUGUUGACCCUCUUGUGUGGACUGGUAUUUGAGCACCUCUUUUGAUUUUCUGCAGGGACCGUGACAGGUUCACACACUCUAGUUUUAAGAAUGAUUACGUUUUUGCUUACUGUUGCCAUGUUAUUCACAGAUAGCAAAGAAAGCAGAGAAGUAAUUUGUGACCUUGAUUGCAGUUUUAAAAUUUUACAGUUAAUACAGAUAGCGCGAUUUGCCAAGUUAGAACUGUUGUAGAAUCUAAUAUGAACUUGACUGAUCAAACCAUCAUGGUCUCGUGUUAGAAACCUGGUAAAAUAUUAUUCAAUGCUCAGUGAGGGGGGCCAAUCAAAAAGUGAGGCGUGAAAGAUCGCAUUACGGUUUGAUCCGCCAAGUUCAUAAUCGACUAUACAGUAAACGAAAGCAAAUCUCGCUAUCUGUAUCAACUGUAACAUUUUAAACUGCAACCAAGUCACUAAUACAUCAAUGUAGCUCCUCUCCACCCUGUGUCUUAUUUUGUAGUCUUUUUGUCAUAUUCAGUUCGAUCAUGUACCAUGUACUUCCUUUGUGUGCGAAAGUAAAAGGCGCUGUCAUCCUGUAUUUGUUGGAACACUGUACAUGGUAUUUUUUACAAUAGCUGCAAAUAUACGUGUCAAAAGCACCUCUCCUCAGCGAUUAGAGAAUUCUGAUCAUUUGAAUGCUAAAUUUGUUUCAUAUCUCAUUUUCAUGUGUAGGUACAUUCUGAUCCACAAGCCCACAGAAUGGACAGAGGAACUCAGAGGGAAGUUUAUUAAAUUUUUAGACAAGUUCUUUGAGCUUCUCAAGUGUAUGCAGGUAAGUGCUAUUUCUUCUUCUUUAAAUUUAAUCAGACUACAAAUUCUCCUUAGUUCCUCUCAUUGUGUUUUUUUAAGCAGUAGUGUCUUGAGGUUUAAGCUGUAGUGACAAAAUAGUCCUAUCUCCUGUACAUACCAGUAAUAUAUAGAUGUAGCAGAGGCUAAAGGCGAAGCUCCAGUUAACGAAAAAACGUGGCAAUAAGGAAAUCCAAUUAGUCAAGCCAUAUGGUGAAAAAAAUUGUGCACUCUGGGGUAAAAGCACGAAAUUUGGCAUGGUAAUAGUACUUGGGCUGCAGAACAAUAAAUUAUUAUUAGCUAUGGACCCCAGUCAGGGGGGACAUUUUGUACUCAGGGGGGUGGGGUGGUUGCGGUUUCCAAUUUAACUGCCGUUAUUGAAAAGAAAGCUGCUAUAUCAAUAGGGAAUGGUGUCCUAGGGAAGUUUAACAAGGUCUAUUUAAUCCAACUUUCUAGGUGGCGUGGGGGGGGAAGGUUUCAACACAGCUUAGGGGGAGGGGUAGGAGUAUCUCUGUUUGCAUGUUUGUAUAAGUGUAUGUUGUGAGGAAGAAUACAAUGACCUUUCCUGAAUUCUGGGAUAAUUUUAAAUAAUUUAGCAAUUAGUUUCUCCUCUGAACUUAUUCUUCAUCUCCAUGGUAGUGGAGAUGGUGGUGGUGGUGUGUAUGGGGGGGGGCAGGGGAUGGGUGGGUUUUUCCCGGUGUAGUAAGCGCACGUUUCUUAUAUUAUCAUUUAAACAACCUGCGGAAAUAAAGUAGAUGACUUAAGGCACUUUUUUAGGCUAUUUAAUCACCUGAUCAUCGUUACAUCAUUCAUAAGAGGGCAGCAGCGGGGGGGGGGGGGGUACCGGUCCCGUUUCACGUGUAAAUUUUGACAAAUUUCACGUAUCACAUGCGUUAUAAACCAUUUUUCACGAUCCACGAAUUAAGUCAUCAACCGAAACCGGAAACCGCGCAUGAAAAGCCCCUCGCACCCAGGGUACCCGUUACUCAAAGGGGUAAAGAACCGAAAACCACAGUCAUCAUGGAUCACACUUCGCAGUUCAGUAAACGAUAGCAUCUUCUUUUCUUAUCAGCAAGUCGGCAAGGUGAUCUUAAAAGGUGUUAAAGAGCACUCGAAACCAUCGUCUCAUUGACAAAUACAAUCUAUUUGUAUGAAACUACCGCUCUAUGCGACAAGGAGAUAAGGAAAACUCUUCCGGAGCGAGUGCGAAUUUAUCUUAACAGCAAAUUUCAACUCACAUUUCUGUCAAGAUCAGUAGAAGCUCCUCGGUCUUCGUCUGAGUUCCUUUCGUGUCAUUGUAUUCCAACUCAACUCUCUCUCCAACGCGUAAUUCUUUUGGGACAUGUUUAAGGGAAGUGUUCCCGCAGAAUCCUUUGUGGUGCAUUGCAUCGCUUUUCCAUGCCCAGUAGCCCAUUGUCGCAUUACGCUUUGGUCACGUUUCACACCCAGGGUAUCAUCUUUGCUAGGCAACUCUCUUGGUGUGCUGAUAUAGUGGAGAAGUUCUCAAGGUUUCUUCCCUUUUGUGCAAAUAGCCGGAACUUUUUUGGCACCAUUGACUCUUUGGCUCCGGUUUGUGUGGUCAGACACUAGGAUAACAAAUCUCUCAAGCACCGGGGCAUAGUGUCUUGAACACCCUUCAAACUUUCCUAAGAGAUGUAAAAAGUUCAGUGGCUUCUCCAUAAGGCAGCCUUGUGGCCCAGGCGGUUUUCUCGUCCUAAGAAAGGGGAUGUCUGAUUGCAUUUUGUGAUUGCGUAAUAAAAGUACAACAUCCUAUAACACUUUCCAUCACUCGAGAGCCCUUAUGAUUGCUGUGCCAUGUAAAGAACCAGUUGCAGGAGGAAGAACUGGGGUUAUGGUGGAUUUUAUCGUCACCAGGGGCCGGUUUCUCGAAAGUUCCGAUAAUUAACGGGCCCGGUAAGCUGUCGCCGUUUACAUUAAAGAUCGAGGUCUCAAUAGUUUUGCAUCUAGCAUGAUAAAACCAUCAGUUAGUGAAACAAAAAGGAGUAGUCUGCUAGGCAGGACCCACGCUCUUAUUCUUUAUAUUUCGAUUUGAAUAUUUGAUCUCGGGCCCGAAACGUUACCGGGACUUUCGAGAAACGGGCCCCAGGAGACUUACAUAAAUUUGAAGUGGAUUCUCACGAUGAAUCUUCGCGACGUCGAAUCACAAAGUUUAAAAAGCUAUAAAGAGUAGCUCGAUUCUGUAUGAUUUUGCUUGACUGUUUCUCAAUACUAGCUGCAUCGGUCCAGGAUGAUCUCAAUUAUACUUUUUAAAAACUGAGAGAUGUGAGGCUUGUUCACUAUCAGUGUUUCUUUCUGUGGCGUUCUUCUAACAGCAGAUGUCUGCUGUCAUAUAUAACAGUUAUAUAACAAUUAUAUAUGUUAUAUAACUGUUGUCGUAUAUGUUAUAUAACAGUUAUAUGACUAUAACAGCUAUAUAACAGCUAUAUAACAUAUAUAACUGUUAUAUAACAGUUGUAUGUGUUAUAUAACUGUUAUAUAACUUAUAACAGUUAUAUAACAUAUAUAUAACUGUUAUAUAACAAUUUAUAUGACAGCAGUUAUAUGACUGUUAUAUAACACAUGUAACUGUUAUAUAACUGUUAUAUAACUUAUAACAAUUGUUAUAACUGUUAUAUAACAUAACAGUUAUAUAAUAUAUAUAUAUAUAACUGUUAUAUAACAGUAUGUAACAUAUAUAACUGUUAUAUAACAUAGUUAUAUAUGUCAACUGUUAUAUAAAUAUAACUGUUUUAUAUAACAGUUUACUGUUAUAUAUAUGUUAUAUAACUGUUAUAAGUUAUAUAACAGUUAUAUGUGUUAUAUAACUGUUAUGUAACUGCUGUCAUAUAUGUUACAUAACAGUUAACUGUUAUAUAAACUGUUAUAUAACUGUUAUAUAACAUAUAUGACAGCAGACAUCUGCUGUCAUAUAACUGUUAUCAGACGUCUGACAUCAUAUAACUGUUAUCAGACGUCUGCUGUCAUAUAACUGUUAUCAGACGUCUGAUUUUAUAUGUUAUGUUAUUUAACUGUUAUCAGACGUCUGAUGUUAGAUAUCCUUUUCUCCUCAACUCGGCACUUUUAUUUUUGAUAAUUGUAAAGGUGACAAUAGAGUGUGAGAGAGAUCAAUAUAUUAUUGAAAACAAGAGAAAACCAAAGGUUACGGAGUGAAGGCGACAACGAUGGAAGAUGAAAACGCUGUUACUCCAACGCUGUGCUUCGCACAAGUUUCACUUGAUAGAUGUUCCAAACACGCGUGAUCAGAUUCUAAGUGACCAGAGAAGAUCCAAAUUGCUUUCUGUGAAUUCCAUUCAUCCUUAUAAGUGGAAGUCCAAACAAAUGCCGGCUACAUACCUGCGAUGCAUGCAUAAUAAUGACCUGAAGAUGAAAAUUGCGGGCUACUCUUGUCGCCCGCAAUAAAAGUGGUUAACCCUUUCACUGCCAAAUGUGGCCAAAGGCAAAUUUCGACCAAAGUUCCACAUUUCAUUUUCUAAAAUUUUGAGAAACAAAUGGCAUCAUGUUUAAGUACAAGCAGAGAGCUUUCAUUUGAAUGGUCACAUCAUAGGAUUUCGUCCAUAGAAUCAAAAGUUAAAGUCAUCUUACAAAACCCCAUCAAACAAUCUGGCAGUGAAAGGGUUAAUAAAUCCCUGUUGCAUGUCGUUGAAGGUCUCUGUAAGCGUCUCAUGUUUUAUUUUUGCGGUAGUUUGGCUGAGCAAUUAAAUCCCCAAAAAGUGCAAUUCACUUCAAUCAAAGUGUAAAAAUGAAACAUCUUAUCUUUCCAAGGGUGAAAAACGGCAUACUGUCUCUCACAAACGAGAGAGCAAAAAGACCAGCCAUUCCUGUCCGCCAUGCAGAAUUUCCUUGAGUAGCCUGACCUUUUGUUUCUUCCCUGUGCAGUCUUGUUUGUUCCAUCAGGAGGUGUCUCAAAAAUAUUAAUGAAGUGUUUUGAUGUGUCAGGGGGUGCAUGUAUAAUAUUGUAAUGCUUUAACUCAAAUUAAUUCCGCCCUUCAGAACUCAACUUGCUUCUACGUGGCUUUCCCUUGUGACAAGAAUCACUUACACACUCUUUUAAAAUAAUUUUAGAAAAUCUCCCAGAAAAGUAAGUAACAGGUAUUUUAUAGGGUUACCUUGCACUAUUUUGAAGAAAAUGGGAAUGCAAAAGUUUUUUAGGCCGCUUUCUUCCCGUUUUUGAGUCUUUUCCGGACCAAAACAAAAAGGCCAUGACCCCUCCUCUCAAGGGCACAAUGUUCUUCCCCCCGUGCAUGUUUGAGUGGGGUCCAUAGCUAAAAAUAAUUAGUACAACUAGUACUAUCACUGUGCCGAGUUUGAUGCUUUUACCCCAAAGUGCACAAUUCAGCUAUUUUUUUGCACCAUAUGGCUGGACUAAAUCAGAGUUGAGCCUGCGAUCAGAUGAAAACUAGAAACUUGUCAGCGGUAAGCUAAAACAUAAAACACGAAAUCUUAAUGGAUCAACACCUGAGCCCGCAAUAUGGUCACGUGAUUAUGGUCAGCGGAUAGAUUGUUUUGACAGCUGUAAAAUUGAUCAAUACCAGGUCGCACUCUCCCACACUGGCUAGAAUGUGUGACAUGUGUAGUGCGUCCUCAAGGUAUUGAUAAUUGGGUGACUAUAUAGUACACAGUGGUAUAGGUAUGGAAGUUAUGCGAGAAGGCAGGUAAAUGUACGGAAAUUUUGAUACACGGCAAUUUUGAGUUGUAAUUUUGACAUCAAUUUUGGCCAAAAUCUGGCUCCACGCUCCUCUCCGUCGAAUACCUUGAGGACAAAGUUACAUGCACGAACUGAAAGCUUUAUUAUAGUAGAGUCCAUGGUCAAAUUCAUUUGGCAGCACAAUUUACCAUUGCGGUUUUGUCGUAAUUUCAAAAUGCUGGAUUUUUGGUGCUCAAAGGUCAAAUCAUUAGACCCCCUGAAGCUCCGAAAUGAAAAGUCAGAAAAGUGAGCCAAAGUGGCUUUUAAAAUAUCUCAUCACCCUCAGCUUCUUUGCCAAGUUUGAGCGAAAUCGGUUGACCACAAAUUUUGGCCCCUGGGACCUUUUCUCUGACAGUUACACUCUAGCUAUCACUCUAGCUAUGGUCAAACGGGCAACAAAACCCUGUAACUUGCUUUGCCAUUUUGCUGCAAAAAAAGUUGUUCGAAAGCGAUGUUGCGCAUUUUACCACCCACGAAUCAAACCUGACUUUUGUUGGAAUGCAGAUUGAACGCGGGUGGUAAAGCUUGCAACAUUGCUUUCCAAUUCGCUUUACAGCAAUCUUACAAAACAAAUUGUACAAUUUUGUUUCCUGUUUAACCGUAGCGUUAAGGCAGCUAAAUUCCAUGUUAUCUUUUCAUUCUUCUCCUAGGGAAUGGAUAUGACAACACGCAAGACAGGGCGGCAUAUUGAGACGGAACCUGAUUGGGAAGCAGCGUUUAGUCUGCAGUUCAGAGUCAUGCCAGUUUACACACUUGUGUUUGACUGGUGCGCUAGUGAUGUAAGUUCGAUGUGUUAUUAUAAGUGA